GCGUGGGCGAGGCGGAGGAGAGCCGUGCGCAGCGGCGUGUGAGGAGCCGUGUGCAGAUCCGCGUGUGGCGCAGGCAAGGACCCUGGAAAUAAACAGCCACUGCUUUGCGAGUCGCUUACCUGGGCCUGCGUCCGAGUAUCCACCGCUGUGGGCAGCUCAGACGCCGAAGCUUUUAAUUGCAGCUAUGAGCAGCAACGAAUGCUUCAAGUGUGGACGAUCUGGCCACUGGGCCAGAGAAUGCCCUACUGGCGGAGGUCGGGGUCGUGGAAUGAGAAGCCGUGGCAGAGGUGGUUUUACCUCGGAUAGAGGGUUCCAGUUUGUUUCCUCCUCUCUUCCUGACAUCUGUUACCGCUGUGGUGAGUCUGGUCAUCUUGCUAAGGAUUGUGAUCUUCAGGAGGAUGAAGCCUGCUAUAAUUGCGGUAGAGGUGGCCACAUUGCCAAGGACUGCAAGGAGCCCAAGAGAGAGCGAGAGCAAUGCUGCUACAACUGUGGCAAGCCAGGCCAUCUGGCUCGCGACUGUGACCACGCGGAUGAGCAGAAGUGCUAUUCUUGUGGUGAAUUUGGACAUAUUCAAAAAGACUGCACCAAGGUGAAGUGCUAUAGGUGUGGUGAAACUGGUCAUGUAGCCAUCAAUUGCAGCAAGACGAGUGAAGUCAACUGUUACCGCUGUGGCGAGUCAGGGCAUCUUGCACGGGAAUGCACAAUUGAGGCCACAGCCUAAUUAUUUUCCUUUGUCGCCCCUCCUUUCUGAUUGAUGGUUGUAUUAUUUUCUCUGAAUCCUCUUCACUGGCCAAAGGUUGGCAGAUAGAGGCUGUUCCCAGGCCAGUGAGCUUUACUUGCAGUGUAAAAGGAGGAAAGGGGUGGAAAAAAACCGAAUUUCUGCAUUUAACUACAAAAAAAAAGUUUAUGUUUAGUUUGGUAGAGGUGUUAUGUAUAAUGCUUUGUUAAAGAACCCCCUUUCCAUGCCACUGGUGAAUAGGGAUUAAUGAAUGGGAAGAGUUCAGUCAGACCAAUAAGCCCUUCUGGGUUUAAGUGUGUUCCCAUGUAGGAGGUAAAACCAAUUCUGGAAGCAUUGAGCUUCCAUAAAUAACAUUAAUUUUUUAGCAUAAUGACGGCCUUGGAUUGGCUGACCUCAGUAGCUACUAAAUAACAUCAAGUAACAUCUGUAUCAGGCCCUCAUAGAACAUACAGUUGAGUGGGAGAGUAAACUGAAAAGACAAAUGUGUUGAUGGCUAUACCAGGGAAAUCGGGAUAAAAGCCUAACACAGGAGCAGCUUCAUCCCAUGCAGAUGGUGAUGGUAAAGGUGUAGAACACAUUUUUUUUUUCAAAGACUAAAUCUAUAAAUCUAAAACCCAGAGUAAACAUCGCUCAGAGUUAGCAUAAUUUGGAGCUAUUUAGGAAUUGCAGAGAAAUGCAUUUUCACAGAAAUCAAGAUGUUAUUUUUGUAUACUAUAUCACUUAGACAACUGUGUUUCAUUUGCUGUAAUCAGUUUUUAAAAAGUCAGAUGGAAAAAAGCAACUGAAGUCCUAGAAAAUAGAAAAUGUAAUUUUAAACUAUUCCAAUAAAGCUGGAGGAGGAAGGGGAGUUUGACUAAA